AAAAUCUCUUCCUAUCUAUUUAUUUAAAGCACCCAUCUAAACCACAACUCAUUGCUCUCUCUCUCGUGUUAAACUUCACAAGAAGAAGCAUGGGAUUUCCAGUGGGGUACACGGAGCUAGUGUUGCCAAAGCUGUUUCUGCAUCUUCUAUCGGUGUUGGGCUUCAUCAGGAAACUCAUAACCAUCCUCUUAUGCUACAUGGGCCUCCACGAUUUUCUGGAGCCCGACAUUGCGUGGGCCCAAGGGGUGCCCGAAUUCCAAUCCGUGUCAGCCCUCAUCAUCCGGGAAAUCCUCCCCGUCGUGAAGUUCUCGGAGCUGGCGGUGGUGGACCCGCCGGAGAGUUGUGCCGUUUGCCUCUACGAGUUCGAGGGGAAGGACGAGAUCCGACGGCUCACGAACUGCCGCCACAUAUUCCACAGAGGAUGUCUGGACCGUUGGAUGGGGUACGAUCAAAGAACGUGUCCUUUGUGCCGAACACCUUUUAUACCGCACGAUAUGCAAGCUACUUUCAAUGAUAGACUAUGGGCAGCUUCGGGUAUUCCUGAAUUUUAUUACUACGACCAUGAAUAGCCUCUGCAUAUUUUACACCACUUUUCUUUUUUCUUUCCGACCAAACUAAAAAGGUUCCAGAUUUAGUUAGGGAAGCGAAUGUUCUUCUUUUCGGUUCGGGUUGUCGUUGCUGCUUUUGUGUAUGUGUAUAUAUUAAUACAAAGAGAAAUGCAAAGCUGAGAACUGUGAUUAUAUGCGCAUUUUAUUUGGGUGAUUUUAUUCUUCAGA